CACCUGCUGCUGGGGCACAGGCACCGCGGGGACACGCACACUUUGGGGUGAGCUUGCUGUGCUUUACUGGAGUAUGCAGUACACAGGCAUUCUAUUUCUCAGAAAUCAUUAAAUAUGUAUAAAUUGCUCGAGUCUGCAGAGUUAGUUUCUGAGGGUCUGCUGGGGAUCUUUAGAGACCCUGGGUGUUCACUGAGCUUUUGGACUUUUGUUGACCUUUCAUUGUGGUCUUCCAUAUAGUAGUCAUUUUCAUCUUGGUUAUCUGAGCUGCAGAAUGUGUUCUUGAGGAAACUGUCUUGCUCUGGCUUGGCUUGGGACAUAGAGGGUUUCAGAACUUUCAGAGUUCCACUACCCACUCCUUCCUGCUAAGCUAUUUGCAACAAUCCCUCACACAGAUCCUUUUGAGAUUUGUCUUGGAAGUCUCACUUCUAAAACUAAUUUUCUUUUCUAGGACAAUAAUAUUUGUUAUUAUAAAUAUUUACAAAACAUCUCAUGAAAGCUGACAUACAAUGAAUUAUCACACACAAAAAAAUGCAAACAGCAACAAUUCCAGCACUGGUUAGAAAUAGUUCUGUAAGCCUUUAAAGGUCUGGUAGCCAUGAGGAAAGCCAGUCCCACCUAGAGUGGGGACUUCUAGUCUUCUCCCAUUCUUACAUUCCUUUUUCUGAUUGAUGAUAUGCCAGAUUGCUGGAUAUCAAAUCAAUCAGCAUUCUUGUAACAAAUCCAGCAACUUGUAACCUUUACUCAGGGUUCAAGGCAGUAGCUGCCUUUAGCACCACGUCUUUUGUUCCAGGAGCACCACCUGUUACUUUCAGGUUCUGUUCAGGGAUAACCAGUGACCUCCUUUUUGUGCUGAACCAGACAUAACCAUGUUGGGCACGUAAACUGACACUUUUCUUUCCCAUUUAUUUUCAAGUAUAUUCUAUCAAUCAGGACCAUGGUGGUUCCUGCCCUGAGGUGCAUUGACCAUGCCUCGAGUACAUUUUUUAGUUAUUUUUUGAGAAAUACACUCAAAAUACCACAGGGUUCCUUCCUUCGUUCCCAUUCUUUGAGCUAAAUAUGGGGCUACUGUGCAGGGCAAAGGCACUCAUGGAUGAACAGUGCAAAGGGUUCCAUCAAAUCUGGUAUCUCCAGAGUAGGGGUUGUCAUCAAUAACCUUUAAAAGAUAUGGAAAGGCUGUUGGACAUUCCAGAGUCCAGUGUAACAACCUCCAUGGAUUCCUUUCAUGGUUCAUACAAAGGCUUUUCCAACAGUCCCUAACUGGGGCUCCAUAAUCAACACAAACCAGUCAUUCCCAAAAAGGCACGCAGUUCUUUUACAGAACCAUUGCCAGUUCAGAAAUGCUGCUUUUCCAGAAUGGGAGCAAAACUAAUCGGGAUCAUCUUUGCAGAAACGGCCUCUGGCUUCUGACUUUCUCAAUCCUGUGAUGGGCAAGAAGCAGAGGAUUGACCAAGAGCCCAGUGAUGUCCAGCCAGCAGCUGGUGGCCACUCUCCUUCUUUCUUGGACCUGCCUUCCACAUCCUGUUCAAUUUUGAACAUGUCUACAAAUGUCAGAUCCAUUUCCACUUCCACCCCUGAAGAACAACAGAAAAAUAAGGUUCAGACACAUUCUGGAUUGCCAUUGUCUGCCAGGGUGCAGGGGAAGACUCUCAAGUCCAAGGGAGAAGAAGCAGAGGUCAGAGGAGCCCAACAGAACAAUCCAGGUCCUGUGCCUGAGAAGAAGAGGAUGGUGCCUAUGAGACUUGCAGACAUCGACUGGAGCGGCUGCGCUGCUGUUUACGGCCGACCCUACAGGGACAGGGUGAUUCAUCUGCUUGCUCUGAGGGAUUACAAGGAGCCAGAGUUACUUGCUCGGCUGCAGAGAGAUGGAGUCAGGCCAAAGGACAAGGAUUCCCUUGGAAAGAUCCUUCAGCAGGUAGCCAACCUGAAUGCAAAGGAGAAUUCCUUCAGUCUGAAGGAACAUCUAUUUCAAACCCUUCAGACUGAUUGGCCUGGCUACAGUAAAAUCGAAAGAAAGAGUUUGAAGUUAAUACUUUCUAGAAAAUCAGCUCCAUCUCAGAACCCCACCAGCAGCAGCCAAGCAACAUCUCCAAGGCCUUCUGAGACAGAUGCUCCAGCAAGACCUGCUCAGAAACGGCCUCGGGCUUCUGGCUUUAUCAGUCCUGUGAGGAGCAAGAAGCAGAGAACUGAGCAGUAGCCCAGUUACCUCCAGGCAGCAGCUGGUGGCCGCUCUUCUUCCUGGGUGCUGGCUUUAACAUCCUAUUCUACAGGGAUGUCAGAGCCAUCCCCAUGGAAUGGGAUGUCAAAACCAGCACCCUGCCUCCAAGUCUGGGCUCCAUUUCCCUGCACCCUUUAGGUUAAAAAAAAGACAAAUACUGGAGUUCUAGAAUGCCAACACUUGUGUGGAGGACUGCCAUAUCCAAAAAGAUGUGAAGAGAGCUGGGGAGGCUGAAGCAGUAGUGUCCCUUGGAUUUCAAUGAAGGAUAGCCCCAGCUACUCUGAGAUGAAGAGCAGGUGCCAGCAGCUCCACAAAAAGCUGUCCCACAUUCAGCAAUGAAUAUCUGAAUUUGGCAAGCAGCAAGUCCUGGAGUCCUGGCACCAGUCUUCUGCUUCAGCAAAGGAACAUCUAUGAGCUCCAGCUGUUUUAUUUUGAAAGAAGAUUAGCUUUUUAGGUUUCUUCAAGUUAGUAAUAAGGAGAUGAUUAUUUGUUAAAAAUGUAGGAUUAGUUAGUCUAAGAUUAGAGAAUUUAGUCUUGAUCUUUAGCAAUAAAGAAGUUGCAUUAUUGUUAA